AUGGGCGCUUACAGAUAUAUUCAAGAGUUGUAUCGUAAAAAGCUGAGCGAUGUUAUGCGUUUUCUCUUGCGUAUCAGAGUUUGGCAAUACCGCCAGUUGACUCGCAUGCACCGCGCUCCUAGGCCUACUAGGCCCGACAAAGCUAGGAGGUUGGGAUACCGCGCUAAACAAGGUUUCGUCAUCUUCAGAAUCCGUGUUCGCCGUGGUGGCCGCAAGCGCCCAGUCGCUAAGGGAGCCACUUAUGGCAAACCUAAGAGCCACGGUGUCAACCAACUGAAACCAACCCGCAACCUACAGUCUAUUGCUGAGGAGCGUGUUGGCCGUCGUUGUGGAGGUCUCCGCGUACUUAACUCAUACUGGGUAGCUCAAGAUUCCUCCUACAAAUACUAUGAAGUGAUCCUCGUUGAUCCUUCACACAAGGCUAUUCGCCGCGAUCCUAAGAUCAACUGGAUCGUGAACGCUGUACACAAGCACCGUGAGAUGCGUGGUCUUACAUCCGCUGGCAAGAGCUCGCGUGGUCUUGGCAAGGGUCAUCGUUACUCUCAAACCAAGGGAGGAUCACGCCGCGCCGCCUGGAUCAGGCGCAACACACUGCAACUCCGCCGCAAGCGAUAA